AUUAUGACAUUUAGCAAAAGAAAACAAACAAAAAUUAAGCAAGGCGGGAAAAUUAUUUUAUUUGUAUAAAUUAAUAAUUAUGUCUACCGAAUGGAAAUAUUACGUAAAAGACCCUAGACCUAUUUGUAAAUAUGGUGUAAACUGUUAUCAAAAGAAUUCGGAUCACUUAUCUAAAUUUAAACACCCUCCUCACAAAACUAAACGACAUAAAGUUGAAAUUGAAGGACACACGGUUAAACGGCCUAAAAUUGUGGCGAACGAUAAUGAAGAGGCUGCUACUAGCCAAACUGAGGUCUCGGGAGAUACCGUGGAGCCAAGUGACACCGCUUCAGCGACUGCAAGCCCCAGAGAUGCGCUCUCAUCUACCCAUCAACAUAACCUCAUCAAAUUACCGGAUAACUUAACAUACCACAAUAAUUGCGAUGAAAAUCUGAUGAGAAAACUAUUCCUGGUCGAUAUGCCAGGCGACUUCUAUAAAUUCUUUGAAUGUCUUCAAUCAGAGAACUCAUUUGAAACAUUACUAUCGACAGUGAACUUGCAACUCAUUGGUCCAUUUGACUUAUUACUCGGGAAGCUGCCCAUAGUGGAUCCUGAUUUGUAUUUGAUUCAUUGGAGAUUCUUUUUUGAUCCUCCAGAGUUUCAGGCCAUAUUGAAGAGUAAAAAUGCAAGUCAAUUUCACAUUGGGUACUUCAGAGAUGCUCCAGAUGAAUUGCCAGUAUUUGUGGCAAGCAAUGACAGUGCUAAGGAUUGCCACAUUACUCCAAUAGCAAAAAACAUAUUUGGUGCAGUUUACUUACAUCUACAGACAGAGAAGAAGAAGUCUCCAUUCACGGCCAUGGCUUGCCAAAAGAUGAUGGACAAGGUAGCGAAAUGGGCAAAGACUAGCAACUACUCUUUAGAGGAGUUCACAAUGAAAAACAGACAACCAAAGAUAGUAACAAAAACCUUACAUGGUGCCGGCAUUGUGGUACCAUAUAACAAGAAGACACAAAUAGGGUACCGGAAACUAGUUGAAACUGAUGGAAAAAUUAAGUCAAUGUUUGCAAAACUGGAGUCUGCAACUUCCCAGUCAGAAAAGGAUAAAAUACUAUCAGAGCUUCAGCCUGUUAUAACUUACGCCAGCAUAGCAGUGGAUGAGUGCGACUUCGGAACUGGUUUAGAAAUCGGAAUAAAUUUGUUCUGUUCUGGCCUUCCUGAGUUGGAACCUAGUGCCCUUAGUAGUUUGGUCUCCACGUAUUCGUUACUGAAGAGGGAUGCUUUCAGCAAAAUAAUACAGGCACACCUGAAGUACCGACGCAAAGGGGCAAACAUGUCUAUUAUGGAAAACUAACUACCAACAUCAUGCAUGAAGUUUUUUGUACCUAAAUUAUUUUUUUUAUCUGUAAAGUUGAAUAAAAUUUAAUCAUUGUAA